AUGACAAGUUUGGGGGUUGAAACGAAAAACAUCUUCGUUGAGUCCGUCCCCGGAUCGUUCGAGUUGCCAUAUGCGGUUGAAAUGCUUUCGAGGACAGGAGAGCCAGGGAACCCCGGUCCAUGCAAAUACGAUGCCAUUAUUGCCAUUGGUGUCCUGAUCAAGGGUGACACCUCACAUUACGAGUAUAUCUGUGAGAGCGUUACCCACCAGUUGAUGAGAGCGCAAUCUGUAAUCGCUGCGCCUAUCAUUUACGGUGUCUUGACAUGCCUAACGGAAGAACAAGCAUUGGCAAGAGCCGGUAUCUCUGGAAACAUGCACAACCAUGGCGACGACUGGGGUGCAGCUGCCGUUGAGAUGAGCAUCAAGAAAAGUCGUGAGCCCAAAUCUCUUGAAGCUCUGGUAACACCAAAAUGA